AGGGAGACAUCUAGGGAUAAAUAAGGUUCGAGUUGGGGAUAAACCGUUCCGCCCAUCUGGCAACACUGGUGAGUGACCACCGCCUGGAGAUGCACGGGGCUGCAUGACUCCACUGUGUUUUUUUCUAUGUACGUAAAAGUUUUCUAAAUUAUUCACGGGCGUUCACAUUUCGUGUUAUUUUUAAUAUUUCUACGAUUUUUCCGGAAUUUAGUAACGUUUUAUCUUUAGAAGGUUUUUAAUUUCUUAAGUCCUAAAUUAAACAGAUAAUAGUGUAUGAAAAUGUGAAAUGAACGCAAAGUCAACCGUUUGUUUAUUUACAUAAAGCGACAACAAAAAAUAAAAACAAUUGAGAAGAAAGAAAAUAGGAUUUAUUGGAAUAAUUGAACCUGUUUUUAAAAAAGUAAAAUAUGGAUGAUGAAAACAUAUGUGAAGAUGUUCUUGGUUUUACCAAACAGACUGAAACAUUGAUAAAAGGUUUAGGAGGAACACCUGAUGUGAUAAAAGAAUUUAGAAAGAGAAAUAUAUCGACAGAUGAACUAUCCGAAUUGACUGAAUUCGAUUUGAUAAAACUCGGUGCUGAUUAUACUUUGAUUACUGGAAUAUUGACUCAGUUGAAAAAUGUACAGAGGAAAUCGAGUGAAAAUUUAACUUUGCAACACAGGUUUAAGUCCGUGAUCGAAAUUGUAAAAAAUGGACAAAGCCAUCUUGAUCUUCUUUCUGCAUAUAUCGCCUAUGCAAGAUUGAGACUUUCUAAGGAACAAAUUAAUUUUUUCAUUGAACCUGACAAAAGUUUGCGCGCGAGUCAAGCUUUGAAAAUAGCUGUCAAAGCUACUCUCAAAGAAAUCGAUGACAUCAGCAGAGAAUUAAGCAGCCUAGAAAAAUACAUAUCGACGAUGGAUGAUAAUAUUCCUCACACUAAAAAGUAUAUCAAACUCGGUAUGGCAGUUGGUGGAUUGGGACUGACAGUUUGUGUUCUCGUACACUUAUGUAAAACCUGUUACAUUCAAAUCUCUUAAUUAGCUAAUCAUUAAAACUUUUGUAAUAAAAUAAAAUUUUCUCGAAAAAGAAUAACGAACAAA